UGUAAGAUGUGGUGUUGAAUCACUGGUGAUGAUUUGGUGCUUCGUGUUCUCCCUUCUCCAACCUGCUUCAUCCAAUAUUCCUGAAGGGUAUCGUGGCUCAAACACAACCAAUCCGGCCUGUUACUUUGUCAGUCCUGUGAAGCAAGUUGUAGCCGAAGGUAGCUAUGUCGCCCUCAACAUAGCCGUUGGUGGAGAUCCGCACCCUGGAUCUGACUCCAUAGAAUGGACUAAAAUGAGUGGCGGCGCUUUACCUGCUCCAAGCAAUGGCAAACUAAAUGUGAUCUUCAAAGGCAUAAAGGAAGUUAACGAAGGGACCUACCGAGUUUUCGUCUCAACAUCAGCCGGGAUAAAAAUAAUCGACACUGUGAUAGACAUCAGACCACGUCGAAUGUCGGUGGAUGUGAUCCCCAAAAGCAGUAACCCUCUACAAGGGACCACUAAAGAGAUCCAAUGCAGUGCGGGCAUGAUAGACUCUAAAUACUCGUGGCUCCGAAACGGCCAGGAAAUAGGAGAUAUCAAUGAUAGGUAUUCGAUGUUUACGCAAGCAGAUAAAAGCACGCUUACAAUUCAAAAUAUUGCUAUGAGAGAUGAAGGAACGUACGAGUGUAGAGCAUGGAACACGAACUCUGCUGGAAACAACACCGCGACAGUCAUCGUACAGGACGCCGGAAACAUUCCACUGGUGGACAUCUCCCCCGUUAACUCGACCCUGUUUAUGCAGGACUCCUUUGAUGUUAAGUUCCGAUGUUCCGUCCCUGAUGAUCCUCGGGCUCAGUUUCUGUUCUGGACCAAAGAUGGCAAACAGAUAUACAGCGAUCGUGAUUCACGCCGCGAGUAUGAACCGUCACGAUCCAAGCUCAACAUCUACAACAUAAGAGUAGAAGAUACGGGCAAGUACACAUGUGUAGCCACGCUGCACAAUGGUAUCAGGGUCGAGGGAUCUACAUUCCUCACUGUGAAACCGGCAAUAACAGUUGUCUGUACUGAAGCCCAGUUUCUGGACGUGGGGAGCGACACAACGAUAUCAUGUAGUAUUAGCGGGGACACCGCACCCUCCGUCUUCAUGUACUGGUUAAAGGGUUCCUCUCCUAUUGCUUCCUCUGGCAAGUACAGAAUAUCCGAUGAUAAGUCAAGUCUACGUAUCAGCAACAUUCAGGAGGAAGAUGGGGGGAUGUACACAGUUGUCAUUCAAACCAGCUUAGGUACCAAACACGAGAGUUCAAGUAUAACAGUUAUAAUGGACCCUGUUAUCCUGGAGUCUCCCGCCUCCCUUACUGUAGCUACUGGGUCUGAUGUGUCAUUGACCUGUGUAUACAGCGGCACUCCCAAACCUUACUUCUUCUGGAACAAGGAUGAUGAGGCUGUGGAGGUAGAAUCAGACGAGCGUAUAACCACAGCUGAAGAGUACGUGGACAAAAACGUGAGAAGAGAUAUACUUUCUAUAAAGCGUGUAAAUAAGGUGGACGCUGGAGCGUACUAUGGGUUUGCUCUGAACAUGGGUAACGCUGAUGCUACAGGGACUGGAGUACAGUCCGGACAAGCUGAUCUCCGAGUUAUAGAUCCUCCCAUAAUAAACGUGCCACCUAGAAACAUCUCCCUGACCCAGGGUAAAAGCACCAGUAUCAAGUGCGGUUACACCGGGGACCAGCCCCUAACUAUAGAGUGGUUAUAUGAGGGCAGGGCACUUACUAACAGCGCUGAUAACAGGAUUGAACUGGACAGCGCUGCGGGCACGAUUAAGUUCGCCACGAUCAGGAGCUCAGAUACAGGACAGUAUGUGUGUAGAGUCCAGAACGAAGUUGGGGUCGUGACUGCCACAGCUAAACUUACUGUUCAGGUGCCACCAGAGAUAACACAAGGACCGGAGGCAGUUAACGUGUCACGUGGUAGCGCUGUGAGACUGACCUGUGUAGCGAGGAUUGGUUACCCUGCCCCAACUAUGAGUUGGAGGAAAAACGGGAACCUUAUUGCCAGAGUUCCCAUGCAAACGACCAGAGCACUUGAGCCAGUACACAAUCGUGAUAUACUGGAGAUUGAGAAUAUCAACACAACUGAUUUGUACACCUGCAUAGCAAGUAACCAGGCCGGCCAGGAUACUGCUGAGGCAAGAGUCGCUGUCAAAACUGUACCUGAGAAGCCAGGCCUGCCAAUAGCUGUGGAGAAGGAUAAGACAAGUAUAAAACUGCAGUGGGAGCCGGGUCAUGACGGAUACACCCCUAUUAGACAGUACACUGUUAUGUACAGGCUAGAAGGAGAGGACUGGAAGACUUACCCCACCACUGCCAUAACCAACGAGCUCCGUGUAACGAACCUCCAACCCUUCAAAAGUUACACCUUCAAGGUGUUCUCAGCUAACGAGAUAGGGAGCAGUGCUGCUAGUAUUGAGGCGAGGAUAUCCACUGAACAGGGCAGACCUUCUGCACCUCUCAACUUACAGGUCCGGGCACUGAGUUCAACAAGUGCCGAAGUAUCGUGGGAGCAACCCCUAGACACCCAGGGCAGCUUGUUCGGUUACUACCUGGAUUAUCAGAUCAGAAACUCUCCUUCCAGCGAGUGGGAGAAAGUGAGCACUGCAUCCCGCACGUACACCUUGUCUGGUCUAGCCAAGUACACAGAGUACACUGUCAGGGUACAAGCUAGGAACACACAGGGGGCUGGUGAUAGCUCUCAGAUGGUCUUCUUCAAGACUCUAGAAGAUAGCCCGGGUCCCCCUCUAUCUCUCAGUGUAGGAGCGGUCAGCAGCAGCUCCCUCCGAGUUAACUGGGUACAACCCACCUUCCCUAACGGUAUCAUACAGCGCUACAAAGUUUACUACCAGUGUACUUCCGGAGACUGCCCUCUUAGUCACAGAACGGUUGAGACGCGGAGUGAGAACCCGACAUACCUGCUGACAGAUCUGUACAAGUACACAGAGUACAAACUGUACGUGACGGCUAUCACCGGUGCUGGAGAGGGUCUCUCGUCUACUAACGCUGUCGGGACGUCGCUUGAAGACCGACCGGAAGCGCCCCCACAACUAGUGCACGGAACAGCAGUGAGCAGUACUAGCAUCACCAUCACGUGGGCACCACCUGACAGGAGGGCUCAGUGUGGUGUUAUCACCAAGUACCGGAUACUUUACAAGACUCUCUACGCCUCACCCGAGUCACCUAUCGAGGUCUCUACAAUAUCGGAGUACACUCUAACUAACCUCACCAAGUACACCAUUUACUCGAUACAGAUAGAGGCAGGAACUAUCAAGGGUUACGGUCCUCCCAGUGAACCAGUCCAAGUUAGGACCGGCGAGGAUAUACCUGAGGGUAGGCCUGUAGACCUUGAGACGAACGCUUUCAGUUCAACAGAGAUAAACGUAGCUUGGCGAGCCCCACCCAGUUCCUCCGUACACGGCAGGAUAACCGGAUACAGAGUAGAGUAUGGUCUUACCGGCAAGAGAAAGAAAGCCGUUACAACCGGGCCAGAAACUUUGCACAAGAGAUUAGAAGACUUGGAUAAGGGUAAGAACUACCACAUCUGUGUAAAAGUAGGUAACUCUAAAGGGUGGGGUCCUUGUUCUGAUCAGGAGAGGUACACUUCACCUGACCUACCUAGUGCUCCAUUUAUCUUCGACUUGGAACCUGGCCAGAGGAAUAUCGAAGUGAGAUGGCGCGAGCCUGAGCGACCUAACGGGGAAAUAAUAGGAUACAAGAUAGUCCACACUCCCCCUGGUGCUAACUUUACUGUCGGAGCUGACACUUUGUCCUAUAACAUACGGGGACUUGAGCCCUGGACCCAAUACCACGUGAAAGUGUCCGCCCAAACCUCUGCCGGAUUUGGGAACUACUCCGAACUUCAGAACCCAGUCCGAACUUUGGAGGGUAAACCGGAGAGUUCUAUCACAGACUUAUCAGGGAGACCUCUGAACACUACCACUAUCGAGCUUACUUGGAGGAAUCCUCUCAGACCAAACGGGCAAAUUACAAAGUACGCGUUCUCCUUCAUCCCACACGACGGCGGUGAGAUAUACGAUACACACAUGGUUAACGCUGACGGUGCUCGAGUCAGUAAGGACCUCUUUAAGACCCAGUAUCCGGGCCUGAAGGAGAACACACUGUACCAGGUUAAGGGUAUGGCUUUUAACAGAGUCGGGGAGAGUGGCUGGUGUGAAGCCGUUUCUGUGAGAACUACUAUUGGAGCACCAUACGACGUGGUCGUCAUGGCAACCAGCGAGUCAACUCUCUACAUUUCUUGGGAAAGUCCUCAAGGAAUAGAAGUCGAGAAAGAUUACGUUUACGUACUAGAGACGACAGGGUCUCUGAAAGGAAGGGACGAGUUGGUUAACGAACACGAGAUAACAGACAAAUCCACCUUCGGAGUGGUGGAAGGAGCUGUCGCUGGCACUCAGUACUCUGUCAGGGUACGAGCCAGGCUAACAGGAGGAGAAGGACCCUGGUCAGACCCUGCCACACUAACCCUCUCUGACACUAUAGAGCCUCUUAUUGACACCUCCUCUGUAGCUCCUAACACUUCAGUUCCUGGAGCUCUCCUUCUCAAUCUAGCUGAGAUCAUACCUGAGGUGUUCCAACGUCCUGGCAUUAGGGUGAGUGUGGUACUGCUCACAUUAGACAACAAGACGGAGAGAAAGAGACGCUCCACAAAGAACGUCAUCUUCACAACUGACAAUCUGACUGAGGAACCUGUUCAGAUUGAAGAUGAUCGUCUCAGUAGUGGCGGAAACUUCUCGUUACAAUUCCUGGUUCUGAAAGAUGACGAAAUUCUGUACACCUCCCCUCCAACCCCCUCCUUCUCCGUGAAACCGGUAGAAGGAAACAUAAUAGAAAAAUCAACAGACGGACCAAAGAAAGUCAGUCCAAUGCUGUUAGUCCUGUUUGGAGUGAUCCCCAUAGUUUUGAUAUUGAUUAUAGUUACGAUAGUGUGCAUUGUACGAAGACAAAGAAUGAGGAGACAUAAUAUGAGCAGUAUCUCAAAGAAGUCGGAGUAUGAACCAAUGCUGACAACACAGUUACCAAUGGAGAAGUGUGAGCCGUACUACACCGCCUCCUGCCAUCCCCCUCUCUCUAUAUCUAACCUUCCUAAUGUGUACGAAACCCUGGCUUCUAACGACUUCGAGGGAUUGAUAAAGGAGUUUGAAAGUAUUGACAUGUGCUCAAUGUACACGUACAAUCACGGAAAUGCCCCUGAAAACGCAAUGAAGAACCGAGUCAGUGACAUCCUGCCCUACGAUUACAAUCGUGUAAAACUAGAAUCAGGCCCCGGUAGCGACUACAUAAACGCCAGCUACAUCGACGGGUACGCACAAAAACGUGCGUACAUCGCAACUCAGGGUCCCAUCGCGGAAGCGUUUGUAGCCUUCUGGAGGAUGGUUUGGGAGCAGAGGACAGCGACGAUAGUGAUGGUAACAAGGUUGGUUGAGGACCAGCAUAUCCUGAAGUGUCAUCAGUAUUGGCCGAGCAGAGGCACACAGCAGAGGUUUGGGGAGCUCACUAUCUCAGCCCUGGAUGAGGUGUCCUUGCCAGACUUUACUGUUAGAAAGUUUUCUCUUCAGCAACAAUCUCAACUCCGAGAGGUAAUACAGUUCCAGUUCACAGCGUGGCCUGACCACGGUGUACCUACCUACGCCACUGCUACAUUAGCCUUCCUUCGUAAAGUUCAGCUCACAAAUCCUGAUAACGCCGGACCAGUGGUAGUGCACUGCAGUGCCGGGGUAGGAAGAACAGGCACGUUUAUAGUGGUGGACACCAUGUUACGGAGGAUUGCACAUGAGAGAGAUGUUGAUGUGUACGGCUGUGUUAGUCUUCUGAGGAGCCAGCGUAUGCAGAUGGUCCAGACUUGGGAGCAAUACAAGUUUAUCUACACGGCGCUACUUGAAGCAAUACACUGUGGUAACACUGAAAUGAGACCCUCAGAUAUCACUAACCGGUUAGAAUCAAUGAGUGUUAUAGACUCGGAGAACAAUAGCUCUGGAAUGGAGAUUGAGUUCAAGAGGCUAACCAUACACUACAAGUACAGUCCCAAUCUGUUUACUAGUGCUAACCUACCUGUUAAUCACUGCAAAAACAGGUACGCGAACGUAUUGCCAUUUGAGAGCACCAGAGUUCGGCUGCAACCUGUUGCUGGUAGAGACGGCAGUGACUACAUUAACGGCAGUUAUAUUACCGGCUACCAGAGCAGGAACGCCUACAUAGCAACACAAGGUCCUCUAGAAGAGACUGUCCUGGACUUCUGGAGAAUGAUGUGGGAACAGAAUGUUAACACCAUAGUUAUGUUGACACAGGUUGUGGAAUGUGGACGUCCUGGUCUCUCCAAGUGCCACGAGUACUGGCCUUCUGAUAAACCCCUUGUUCUUUCCAGCAUGUUCAUAAUCUCGCACCGACAAACGAGCGAGACCCACAGCUUCACGCGCCGAGAACUAGUCCUAACAAACACGUCAACCUCUGAAGAGAGAGUGAUCCAGCAAUACCACUUCGACACGUGGCCCGAGCAAGGCCUCCCUGCUACCAGUGCUAUCCUGGGUUUGGUUUUCCAGGUCCAGAAUAACCAACGUGUUCAGGAACAUGCCCCGGUUGUCGUUCAUUGCAGUGCUGGAGGUGGAAGAACAGGUGUUUUUAUUGCCAUCUCAACAGCUAUCGAACGUUACCAACAGGAAAAACUAAUCGAUAUCUUCGACCUCGUUAAAAACCUCCGUAACCAACGACCUGCCAUGGUUCAGACCCUAGAACAGUACAGGUUUAUCUACCAAGUUAUGGCUGAGUUUGUUGAGAGCCAGGUUGAUAAUCUAGGUUACUAUUGACUAGCACGCCCCAGUGACGAGUGCACUGAUGAUGAUCAAGAAGGUGCCCCAGAAAUAGUCCCCCCACCCCGUUCCGCCACCCUCAACCGACCCCACUCCUUCGACACCUCACGUGACUACUCAGUAGCACGUGAAACACCCGUGACGCGCGAUACGUCACGUGAUACGUCACGUGAAUCUCUUGCCACACGUGCAGGUAUCAUUGCGCGUCACGCUUCCCAUGGUGAUCAUUUAUUAGCUGAUGCCCGUCGCACGGGGACCCUAGACUCGGUGCCCUCUGUUGCGCAGAGCGAGCCAAUACCGAGACAUGUCAAUGACAUUUAUGAGAACUUGCUUCCGCUCAGGUAGCACUGAUUUUAUAACCUUUUUUUUCUUGCAUGUCAAACUGCGAAUGUAAAUCAAAUUUUUGAGGCUGAGACAUUUUUCUAACUCAAAAUAUCGCCCACUUAAGAUAGUAUGAUGAAUUAAUAUUAUGAUGAAGGUUGGGUAUUUUUUAAUCCAAUAUUUUACUUUAAACAUUGGGUAUUAUUGUCGCUGAAGAUUUUCCCCCAUUUUUUUCAACUUCAAGCAUAUUAAGAAAUUUUAUUAUUUUCUUUGUCAUGAUUGUUUGGUACUGACCUUUUGCAUGGUAUCGAAACAUAUCGCAGUAUUUUUAAGCCAUAUGAAAGUGAAUGGUGCCAUAUAAAGUAACGUUUUUUCGCCAAUUUUUAUCUUACAUAUUUAUAAUUUGAUAAAAAGCCAAUUUAUGAUAAGAUCAGCAUAAUUUUGUUAUUGAAUUAAAUUUAUGCUAUUUGAUGACAUACUUUCCCUGUAUGAUAUCGUUUCAAAACUGUGACCAUAUUUUCGAGUCCCUUACUCACUGCAAACGCAUGCCUUCUAGCCAAUUAAACUGUCUAAUUUGAUUUUUAAGGAUUGAUGAAGAAUUUGCUAUGUUCCAAUAUUUGAAUGAUGAAUCUGAAAUUAGUUGGAGUAAUUUACUCCUAUGGAUAUGAUGAGUAUAUUGAAUUGGGUGGUCAAAUAUCAGUAAUUUUGGAACAAAUCUUCGGUUCGUGAUUUAGGCUGAGAUUCGUAUGUGAUUGUAUUUAUACAAAACUUUAAAUUAUUGGCGAAAUAAUCUCAAUGAUAUGAAUGAUAAAACUGCUUUUAAUUUGCCUUAAAACGCUUAUCAUAUUUAAAGUUCGGUAGACUAAGCUCAAAUUUGAUGUAUAAAUAUAAUAGUUGAUGACUCGAGAA